ACUUUAGGGGACUAUAAAUUAAUUUUUUUAAUUUUCGUAAGAUGGCGACACUUCUUACUCAAGGUUCUUGUUUAUUAUAAUUAUGAUAUAAGUUGGUCUGUUGUCAUUAUUGCAAAGGAAAACUGAAUACUUGGUGUUAAAACAACUUAAGAUUGUUUAACAUUUAUAGUUUACCGAAUUGUCAUAUUAAUACUUUUCACAAUGAAAAAAGAAAAAGGUUAUACAAGCAUUGAAAAGCAUCAGAUAGAAUAUCACUGGAAAAUAAAUGAGAUAAGUUCAUACAUUAAAUGCUACCGUGAAAAGUCUGAGAAACAUACAAAGUUAUUUUCACCAGAGUUCUCAACGGGGUUCAAAAUGGAUGACAGAUGGAAACUUAUCAUAAACUUCAAUGAUUAUGAUUCAGCUGAAUACAAAGAUUGGAUAUCACUUUAUCUAAAACCAUGUAAUCAACAAAAAAAAAUUGAAUUUAAAACUAACUACACAUUGUUUAUUUUGGAUAACAAAGGUGUAAUGGUUGAAAAUAACAAUAUUAAAUAUAUUUUUAACGAUUUUAAUGGAUAUGGUUGCUCAGGUUUCUGUAAAAAAAAAGAAUUAUUAGAAAAUCAUGAUACACAUAUACCAAACGAUACACUAACAGUUGGUAUCAUAUUAACCGUAUUUGAUUCUUCGACAUUUUGUAAUAGUGACACUGUUGAUGAUGAGCCAAGACUUCUCAUGAUCGAUGAUUAUACAAAACUUUAUGAGGACGAAAACGUUUUGACUGAUCUUGUUGUGAAGGUUAAAGAUGAAACAAUCAAAGCUCAUAAAACAGUUUUGAUGGCUCGUUGUCCUCUGUUUAGUAAAAUGUUUUCAAUUACGAUGGAAAAUAAACAAGAAGAAAUCGAUAUACCGGAUGUGGACUCUGCUACUUUUUACAGCUUUCUUGAAUUCAUUUAUAUUGAAGAAGUUAUUGACUUAGACGAUUAUGCCGAAGCUUUAUUUGAAUUUGCAAGCAAAUAUAAGCUGGAAGAACUAAAAAAAAUGUGUGUAAAGGCUCUAUACAAAGCUUUAAAUAUUGAUAACGCAUCCAGACUAUUGAUUUUAGCAAAGGAAUGUGAUGCUCUAGAGCUACUGGAUUACAUCUCUGAAUUUAUUGUAAUUAAUUCUGGGCAAAUUAUCGACACUCCAGAAUAUCGCUCCAUUGGAGAAUCAAAUCCAGCAAUUGCUAUAAUUUUGCUUAAAAAAUUUGCGGAAUGGAAACUUAGUGGCGAUCUUGAACUCCGUAAAUAAAAAAUGAUGAAUGAGUGAUUGAGUCCAGUUGCAUCGCUAAGGAAAUGUCAGCAGUCUUAUCAUCUUUAAGUAAAUUUUUUUUAUAAUAUCUCGGAUUAAUGAUUUGGUAUUUAAUUGCAAAAUGAUACUAAAUGAAAUAUUGUCAAGAUUAAGAUAUUUAAUAGUAUUAUUUAAGUAUUUAUUUACUUUAUACUUUUUCACUCCGUAUGUCUACUAUUUAUGAUAAUUAUUUACUUACCGUCAUUUUUAUUAUUACCAAGAAGU